UAAAAUCAAAAUGGCGGUUUUCGGUCACGUUCUGGCUUUGGCGUUGAUGUGAAUUUCGCGAUUUUGUUAUAAUACAUCUUGAAAUUUACGCAGCGAAUAUGGAAAAAUGUGUUUUAAAGAGUUGUGAUAAUAAAUAACGCGUUAAAAUAUUUUUUAUCGCCGUAGAACUCAUACAUAGUGAGAUAUCCAUAUAAGUUUUUGGCGUCCUAUCGCCUCUGGGGUUCUACGCCCGAGCAGUUUUUAGCUGUAUUGAUUUUCCACGUUUUGUCAAUAUGAUGAUGUACACGGGGACAAGCACCGAACAAGACACGCGCUUUAGCGACAAGGAGAAGAAGCUCAUGAAACAAAUGAAGUUUGGAGAUUGUUUAACUCAACAGGUGGACAUGUCCAAGGUGAAGCUGGAUGUCCUGAAGCCAUGGAUCACCCAGAAGAUUACGGAGAUUCUGAAGAUGGAAGACGACGUGGUCAUCGACUAUGUCAAUAACCAAUUGGAAGAGAAGUUUCCUUGUCCCAAGAAAAUGCAGAUCAACUUGACUGGAUUCUUGAAUGGCAAGAACGCUCGCCUGUUCAUGGGAGAACUCUGGGAGCUGCUACUAAGUGCUCAAGCCAGUGAAAAUGGCAUACCAGAAACCUUUACUCAGCAGAAGAAAGAAGAGAUCAAGAAGAGAAUGCUGGAAGAGAAGGACAAGGAAAAGGACAAGGAUCGCCGGCGGUCGAGGUCGCGGUCGAGGUCGCGCCGCCGGUCCAGGGAGCGACGCCGCUCGCGCAGCAGGUCGCGCGACAGGUCCGGGGACAGGAAACAUCGCAACGGAGGCAGCCCACGGCGCUCGAGGAGGCGCAGCCGCGACAAGAAGAGCCCGUCCAAGGCCAAGGAAGUAGAUGACAUCAAGUUACCUGAGCUUAAGGAAAACGGCAAGUCUCCAGAGAAGAAGGAAGAGGAGGAGGAUAUUAAGAAAGAACAUGUCAAUAUCGACGAUCGUGACGACAAGGACGUGCAAGAAGUGAAGGACGACAAGGCCGAAGACGGCCGCAAGUCGCGCUCUGCCUCACCUGCCAAGAGUGCCAAGUCACCUGGUGGUGGGAAAGAAGUUGCCGCCGAGAAGCCUGCAGCGGAGAAGCGGCGCUCUUCCAGCGACAGACGUUCUACAUCGGCGUCAUCACGCGGAAGCGUCAAGAAGCAGUCGUCACACAAGAAACGUCAAUAUAGAUCUAACCGUGAUUCUUCCGGUAGCGUCAGCCCGAGGCGCAGCUCACGUCGAGAGAGAAGCAAGUCCCGUCGUCGAGGCAGCCGUCGCAGGUCGUUGGAUCGCCACGAGAGGGAACGCGAACGCGAACGUGAGAGGGAGCGGGAAAGAGAGAGGGAGAGGGAGCGCCGGCGACGUGAGCGAGAGAGGAGGGAACGGUCGCGUGAACGACGCCGAUCGCUGGAAAGACGUAGACGGUCGCGUUCGAGGUCGGGUGGUAGACGGCGUUCCAGGGACAGGUCGCGCGACCGUCGCCGCUCGCGCUCAAGGAGGCGUUCCCGCUCUCGCCGCCGCUCGGGCCGGGUGUCGCGCGAUCGCCGCUCCAGGGACCGACGAUCCAAAGAGAGACGUUCGCCUGACAGGUCCAGCAGGGCCAGAAAAUCAAAGGAAAGGGACAGGAAACGAUCCCGGGAUAGGAAAUCCCGCGAAAGAAGGUCGAGCGAUAUUAUCAAGGAGCGUUUGGAGAAGUCUGUUUCUAUUCCGCGGAAAGAAACACUCGACAAGUUUAAACCACUUGAGCCAAUUGCUCCUCGUGAAAAUUCUAAAGAGCGCCCGGCAUCUGUUUCAAGCAGAGAGUCUUCCGUGGCAAAUGAUAAAUCUGGCCAUAACAAUGACAGAGAGAACGACGUCAAACGCAUUGAAUCAGAGGAGGAAGAAAGGGAAGAUUUCAUCCCUAUCCCAUCCGCGCGUGAAUAUUCUAAAAGUCUUUCUCGUACGCCAUCACCAUUUUUAAGGAAACACGAAAUUGAAAAUAACAAAAAAGCAGAGAGGUCGGGCGAUGAUGUUUCCGGCAAAGAACACGUCGAAGAAGAGAGAGAGAAGGAAAAACCUCAGGAGGUAAAGAAAAAACGAAAAGCUCGUCAAACAGAAAGCGAGAGUGAAAGCAGUGGAGAAGCUAAGUCCAAGAGUAAAGUUAAACCGAAACGUAAAGAAAAAACUGUCUCUAAAAGAUCAAAGAAGGCUAAAAAGGAAAGUUCGUCAAGUGAGAGCGAGUCUGAAGACUCUUCUUCCAGCGACUCUGAAGACGAUAGGAAAAAGAAAAGUAAGAAAACUUCUAAGAAGAAGUUGGCUAAAAAAGCAAAGAAAAAGAGAUCGCGUUCAUCAAGUUCGGAAUCAAGUUCUGAGGAAGAUGUUAAACCUAAGAGUUCAAAGUCUAAACAAAAGAACAUUCCAGAAGAUUCUGAUAAUGACAAAAAAUCGAAAAAACGCAAAGAUUCAACUGCCGAUCACUCACGGUCAGAGAAGGCCGACAGUAAGCAAAUUAAAAAGAAAGUGGAGUCUGAGGAUUCUCAUGAUGACAGUUCUGAUUCAGAUGAUAAAACUACUAAAAAGAAAGUGUCAAAACGAGAUUCUACAAGUUCUGAAAAAGAUACAAAGCGUGGUAAAAAAGUGGAGUCAACUAAAGAGAAAGUAGCGUCUCCGGAAACAAAAUCCAGAAAGGGAGAUGAGAAAGUUGCUAAAAAUAAACACUCUGAGGAAGUGAAAACCAAAGACAGUGACAAGAAAGCAAAAAAACGCGAAAAGGAGGAAUCUUCCUCAGAUAGUGAUCAGGUUUCCAAGAAGAAAGCUAGAAAGAAGGUUUCUGAAUCUGAAUCAGAUUCGGAAAGUGACGAACCUAAGAAGAAGAGGGCUAAGAAGCAUAAAAAACAUUCUAAAAAGCAUAAGAAACACAAAAAGCAUAAGAGGAUGUCAAAAAAGAAGGAUGAUUCCUCUGACAGCGAUGACGCCGAAGAAGAGGAGGAGGAGGGAAAGGUCAACAACGAAGAUCUCGAAAAGAAAUUACGGGAGCGCGCGUUGAAGUCUAUGAAGAAACAGACGAGUGUUUCUGGCUCUGACUAGUUGUAGAAUUUUCCCACCACUCUUUUGCUGCAGCAAUUGAAACAUUUUUAUCUUUAGUCAGCAUUGACAAUCACUUUGAAUGUUCUUUUACGGUAUUAUGUACUGCGAUUUUUAAAAUGAAAUAGUAAUUUACGGUUAACUAUUGUAUGUCACACUGUUAGUAAUAAUAAUAAAAGUUUUCAAAAUA